CUGUCUGGACCCCUACAGUAUAAAUACAGAGCUGCAGAUGCCAAGAGCAGGCUGUGUGCGUUACAGGAGUUUGCUGUUCUGAUGAAUAAGUAGGAACUGGAUAUUAUCUGACAGAGUUAUUGUAACUGCAAGGUCUUGAGACAACAUACUCAUUCUUAGAGGAAUUAUUUUUCUUUUUUUCUUCUCACAUUAUUAUUCAUAUUUUUUUGGAGGAAAACAACUGCCUGUUGCUGAAUAGUGAUUGUGAGUUGUGACUUAUCCGCAUAAACUAACAGGAUUACACUGAACAGUGGAUGUGGGAUAUGAAGAGAUCUCAACUAAGGCACUAAUGAAAUGGAACUGAACAACAGUUUUUUACAGAACAGACAAUAUAUUCCACAUUAUGAACGCGACAUGGAUCCUUUUGAAUCAAAACUCUCCCAGGGAGCUGACAUUGUUGCCGGGAUAUAUUUAUUAAUUAUUGGCAUUCUCUCUACUAUGGGCAACGGCUAUGUGCUUUUCACAGCAUUCACGAAAAAAAAGAAACUGCGUCCAGCUGAGAUAAUGACUGUUAAUCUAGCAACAUGCGAUCUGGGGAUUUCAGUUACAGGAAAACCCUUUACAAUAAUAUCCUUCUUUUGCCACCGCUGGGUAUUUGGAUGGAGUGGGUGCCGUUGGUAUGGAUGGACUGGAUUUUUUUUUGGCUGUGGAAGUCUCAUAACUUUGACAGUAGUCAGCUUGGACAGGUACCUGAAAAUAUGCCACAUGAGAUAUGGUAAUUGGCUGAAAAGACACCAUGCCUUCAUAAGUUUGAUAGUCAUCUGGACUUAUGCAUCAUUCUGGGCUACUUUACCAACCAUUGGUGUCGGCAACUAUGCUCCAGAACCUUUUGGAACCUCAUGCACUUUGGACUGGUGGCUUGCCCAGGCUUCACUUCGUGGGAAGGUUUUCGUACUUUGCAUGCUGGUCUUCUGUCUUCUACUUCCAACAGCAGUUAUAGUUUUUUCAUACAUGAGGAUAAUUGCCAAAGUUAAGUCUUCUGCCAAAGAAGUUGCUAAUUUUGAUUCCAGAAUUCAGAAUAACCAUACACUGGAGAUAAAACUGACUAAGGUGGCAAUGAUGAUCUGUGCAGGAUUUCUUAUUGCUUGGAUACCCUAUGCAGUUGUGUCUGUCUGGUCAGCUUUUGGGCAGCCAGAUUCUGUUCCAAUUGAAUUUUCCGUGGUUCCAACUUUACUUGCAAAAUCAGCAGCUAUGUACAAUCCAAUCAUUUAUCAAAUCAUUGGAUCCAAAUUAUCUUGCUGCAAACCUGGCAAACCAAUUCAGAAGCCAAAUUCUAGGAUCUACACAAUAAGCACAUAUAGAAAGUCAACGGACUGAUUUCCCUUUGGAAAGUCACUGAAAAGGACAAAUACAAAUUGUUAAAGAUCUUUUCGGGUUUAAAGAGUUUUGGAUAAGAAGAUAUCUGUGUAUUUUAAAUAAAUGAUUAUUUUCCUAUGGUUAUGUAUAUUAUAAAGUUUUACGAAUAAAAAAUUCUAGCAAUGGUAGAGUCAAAA